AUGGUCCGCUACGCCCCUGCCGACCGCAUUCCCAGUGCCCGUUCGGCUCGAAGCCGUGGCAGUUACCUGCGUGUCAGCUUCAAGAACACCCGCGAGACGGCCCAGGCCAUCAACGGAUGGAAACUUGACCGCGCUCUCCAAUACCUCGAAAAUGUCAAAGGACUCAAGGAGGCUGUACCCAUGAGGAGAUAUGCAGGCAGCACAGGCCGAACCGCACAAGGCAAACAAUUCGGUGUCUCGAAAGCCCGCUGGCCCGUCAAGUCCGCCGAGUUCUUGAUCGGCCUGUUGAAGAAUGCCGAAGCGAAUGCCGAUACCAAGGGUCUCGAUACCUCGAAACUCAUUGUCAAGCACAUCCAAGUCAACCAAGCCCCCAAGCAGCGCCGCCGCACGUACCGGGCUCACGGGCGUAUCAACCCGUACAUGUCGAAUCCCUGCCACAUCGAAUUGAUCUUGACGGAAGCGGAGGAGGCGGUCACCAAGGCCGAAGAGUUGGGUGUCGAGAAGGGCACACGUUUGAGCACCAGACAGCGUGCUGCCCGGAGGCAGAAGGCCAUUGCCGCUGCGUAA